AUGUUACUAGUGAUCAGGAAAGUUAAAAAUAUUUAAAUACAUAAUAUUGAUUUAAAUAUAAAUUCUAUAUUUAACUUAGAUAAAUUUUUCAUAAAAUAUAGAUUUGAAUUUGAAAAUAUUGAUAAUUUAAUAAUCAAUAAAAUUAAGUUAUCUUCAUUUUUUAAAAUCAUUAAUGAAAAUAUAUUUUAUUUUGAAGAUAUAAAUAAUGUGUAAAUAAAUUAUUUAAGCAUAGAAAAUUUUAGCUUAAAUUCUAAAUUGCUUGACUUUAAUGCAAUAAAAAAUAUAACACUUAGUUAAAUAUAAGUUAGAAAUUGCUUUUAUUAAUAAAAUUUGAUUAGAGUUUAUAAUAAUGAAGUGUUUUAAUUGCUUGAUUCAAAUUUUAAAUUAGAAUAAAAUUAUUAAAAUCUAAGUUAAUUUAAAUUGUUAUAAAACUACAGCACCGAGUAUAUAUUUUAAAAAAGUGAUUGGCUAAUGAAUUUUAAUAAUGGUUAAAGUGAUCGCUCAUUGCUUAUUAUCAAUUAAUUAGAAAAUAAAAAUUCAGGAAUUAAAUAUAUAAUUUCUUUUAGACUUUAACAAAGACCAUUUAAUUAAUAAAUCAGUAUAAAUAGAGUAAAGUGA